AUGGCCUUGAGGCUGCUGAGAGUGGUCCCCGCGUCGGCGGCGGCGGUCGCCCAGCGCGUGGCUGGAACCACAUUGGCGUCAGAUUGGAAAGGGACUUGCUUUGACCUCCGCGCUGAAGACUGUGAUGAGAGGAUUUUCGAGGGGACACCGCAACAGCCUUAUCAAAGUCAUGACGGGAUUCACACGGGCGUCCAGGGCAGGCUGCGCUAUGGCCCUUUGGCGUACAUACUUGGCGAAAGAACGACCAAGAAAUUCACAGAGUACAGCAAAGUGAUAACUGUAGACGGCACCAUAUGUUCUGGAAAAGGCAAGCUUGCGAAAGAGAUAGCGGAGAGAUUAGGCUUGAAGCACUUCCCCGAAGCCGGGGUCCACUACGCGGACAGCACCACGGGGGACGGGAGGCCCCUGGACGAGGAGCUCAGCGGCAGCUGCAGCGUCGAGAAGUUUUACGACGACCCGAGGAGCAAGGACGGCAACAGCUACCGCCUGCAGGCCUGGCUGUACGCCAACCGCCUGCUGCAGUACUCGGACGCCCUGGAGCACCUGCUGGGCACAGGACAAGGUGUUGUCUUGGAGCGCUCCAUCUUCAGUGACUUUGUUUUCUUGGACGCGAUGUAUACCCAAGGAUUCAUCCGGAAGCAGUGUGUGGACCACUACAACGAGGUGAAGAAGAUCACCCUCUCGGAGUACCUGCCUCCCCACGUGGUCAUCUACAUUGACGUGCCCGUUCCGGAGGUCCAGAGUCGCAUUCAGAAGAAAGGAAACCCCCACGAGAUGAAGGUCACGGCGGCCUACCUGCAGGACAUCGAGAGAGCCUAUAAGAAAACCUUCCUGCCUGAGAUGAGGGAGAAAUGUGAGGUUUUACAGUACAGUGCAGGCGAAGCUCAAGAUGCAGAAAAGGUGGUGGAGGACAUCCAGUACCUCAAGUACAACAAGGGGCCGUGGCUCAAGCAGGACGACCGGACUCUUCACCACCUGCGGAUGCUGGUGCAGAAUAAGCUGGAGGUGCUGAAUUACACCACCAUUCCCGUCUAUCUCCCCGAAAUCACCAUCGGAGCCCACCAGAGUGACCGCGUCUUCCAGAAAUUCACAGAGCUGCCGGGACGCAAGUACAGCCCCGGGCACAACGCGGACGUGGGCGACAAGUGGAUCUGGCUGAAGUGACGGACCCUCCUCCGCAGGCUGCAUGGCGAUGACGGGGACGCUGCCGGUCAGCCUCGCUCCUGGGUCCCUGGCUGGACGGCCCGGCGGGGGCAGGGGCCUCCUGCCUUUACAGGGCUUGGGAAGCUUGUAGCUUUGGGAACGAUCCGUAACUGUCACCGGGAAGAUAAAUCUGCUGUGAGAGACCAGACGUUACGAGAAGACUUGCCUCGCACUGCAGUUGUGCAGCUUUUGUACCUGCUGUCCUCAGACUUCAGGAGACAAAAAUAAACCUGUUUCCGUGCC